GCGCCGGACGCCGGGGCGCAUGCUGCCCUCAGCCCUGUGCGCCUGCGGCUCCGGGCUCACCCUCCCCUGUGCGGAGCUUUCGCCUGGCUUUCCGCGGGAGUCUUCCAGUGGGUCCUCGGCUGGGAAAGAAAGGGAGUGGUGGAAAGGGAAGUUAGGGUUUCCGCUUUCUCUCCCCACUCUAGCGGCGGCGUUCAGUCCUCUGGGUGGGAUAUGCUCGUGGCAGCAGCAGCGGCGGCGGCAGCCAAGGCACCCGAGCCAUGCACCCCGCCGCCAGGGACCCAGAGGAUGGCCGGGGGGGAGAAGAGACCGCGGUGAACCAGCCGAUGGAGUCCCAGGGCCGCAGAGCUGCGCCGGGAAUCUGCCCUGGAAAAGCCUUCUCCUCCACCCUGGACACUUUAAGCGGCGGUGGCGACAAACGGCGCGAGGUUGCAGACCGGACAACAAGCCUCCCUUGUUCCGACGUUGCUCUGACCUCUGGAGAUGGCAAGUGAGCAAGAAGUGUCCGGCCGGACCAUCCCUUCAGCGCUACAAACCAGGAUAUUCUUUGGCAGAGAGUAAAAGAACUGACAAUAAAGCAACAAAUGUUCAUGCUUUCAAUUUCUCUCAAAGAUUUGGAAUAAGAAGACAAGUCAUUAUUUCCAAAUUCUCUUCUCUGCUUAUGGAAGCAAUUUCAUGGAAAAGUUUCAACAGCACCACCUUAAUAUAAAGAAGAAAACAACUUUCUAACACUUAAUAACAAAGUGUUAUAAACUGACCAAAAACAGGAGGAAUGGAAAUGGAAGGUGAGGUGAUUAUGCCUUUGGCCCUUCCGGGAGUGGCCUUGGUUGGUGUUCUUGCCAGAAGCAAUAUCCAGCUAUUUACAUUAAGCAAGUCAGCUGCUUAAGGUGAACCAAGCAGGCUCGAGGAAGACCUCUCUAUACAGUUUAUUAGAAAAGAUGAAGACAAAAACAUAAAAGAGGAAAUGAUCCAAAAAAGAAAACUGGAAAAUAUGUUUCUUAGGAGUCAGAGGGGAAUCAAAAGCCAUAUCCAAAUAAUACUGAGCAGAUAAAUAUGGCCUCGGGGAGAAAGAACAGUAACAUACUAUUACUGGAACUCAAAUUAAGUGCAUGCCACUUCUCACAGAGCAGAUGCACCAGAGGUCAGAAAUGCAAAUCAAGAGAACUACGAGAAAUCAUUCUUUGCCUAUUUGAUUGACAAAACAUUGUAAACUUUGAUUAUAUAUAUUUUUAUGAAGAUGUAUAAGGAAACAUAUUUCAAUUGCUAUUUGAAUGUAAAAUGGCAGUUUUUGGAGGUGAAUAUCCAUUAAAUUUAACAUGUACAGUCAUUGA